ACCGAACCUUGUUACUGCUCCAACCCGACAAAGUACCAGUGUAUACAUCGGCUCGUCAUCGUUAUCUGGCAACUGCAGGCCGCUUGUAUCCAGUAAUAUCAACCACAAAGUACUGCAACACAGCGCUUGUGGCUCGUCAGCUUUAGAACCACACAAUCCCCGACCCAUCACAACAGGAUCAAGCCGCCUACCGCUGGUUUCCUUUCUAGUCGUUAAGCAUUACACAACGCUUUCCUCUUCUCUAGAUCGAAAAGACAGGACACCUCUGCAUCUUCGAGUCAUAUCUUCUGCAUCUCAGUGAAUUUCGUCUGGUCAUCGAGCUCCCAACAUGUCAUUCUUCAAGCGCAACAAAGGGCCUAUGAUCCCUCCCGUUGGAUCGGAGCCAGACGACAUGUAUGCGUCGAGAGGCGGACCCGCGAAUGGAGCGGGAGGAGAUCCUUAUGCGAAUCGUGGCGGGAACAUGGCCGGUGCAGGGGCUGGGGCUCGACGGGGUGGUGGCGGUAACGAUCCCUACGCCAAUGCCGGUGCCGGCGGUGGCGGACAUGUGGAUCCCUACGCUCAGAUGAAAGCCAAUUCAAACGCUCGAUCGAACGACGGAUGGGGAGCGAGUGGAAACCCUUACGCUAGACAAGCAGCUCCAGUGGAUGAAGCGACUAGGAAUGAACUGUUUGCGGGAUAUGCGCCUCAGCAACAGACCCAAAGAAGGCGAGAGUAUGGUUACGAAGGACGUGAAGAAGAAGCAGACUUUGACGAGGAUGAAGAGGUCGAAGGAAUCAAGCAGGAGAUGAGGGGUGUCAAACAAGAGUCAUUGGCAAGUACGAGGAACGCCGUACGUCUGGCUAGAGAAGCGGAAGAGACUGCUCGAGGUACCAUUGCUAGACUAGCAGACCAGUCUGAGCGCAUUGCCAACACUGAGCGAUACCUCGAUGUGGCAAAAGCCAACAAUCAACGUGCGGAAGACAAGGCCGAGGAGCUGAGACAGCUUAAUCGGAGCAUCUUCCGGCCUGUCAUUGUAUGGAACAAGGACGCCAAACGAGCCGCCCAAGAAGAGAAGAUCAACAAUCGUCACGCCAUGGAGCGUGUAGACCGUGCCAAAGCUCUGAACGACAUCUCUGAUACCCGUAGACGUCUUGGUGAAGCUGCCAAUCCCCUGCCCAACGGCGGUCGUCAACCUCUCCCAGGCGAGCAAAAGGCAAAGAAGGAAGCUCGUGCGCGAUACCAGUUCGAUGCCACUGCUUCCGACGACGAGCUUGAAGAUGAGCUCGAUGAAAAUCUGGACGAGACGUAUGAGAUCUCGAAGCGACUCAAGAGUCUCGCCACGGCCAUGGGUGAUGAAGUGACUGGUCAGAAUGCUCGUCUGACGGGCGUUACGGAUAAGACGGACAGUCUCGAAUUCGCCGUCAUGAAGAACACGGAGAGAUUGAAGAGAAUCCAUUGAAGCGCUCUAGAGUCGGUGCUAUUCUAGUAAUGGUUGUGACGAGCAUCCUGUAAAGUAUUUGUACAUGUAUUUGAUGAUAGCUCAUG